GAUUCCUGCCAGUCUGCGGCACAUUGAAUCGUGCCGAUUUGUGUUAACGAACCCCCAGCGCCUUUGCAAGCGACUGAACAGACUUCAGUAUGGACAAAUUCAUUGGAAAGUGGCAACUGGCCAGUAGCGACAAACUCAAAGAGUAUAUGGAUGCAGUAGAGGUCGCUGAGGAGUUCCAGCAAAAAGCUCUCGCCGUGCUGAACCUGGAGGCCAAGCCAACCCACGAGUUCAGCCAAGAUGGCGACAAGUACACCCUAAAAACUAUCACCGGCACGAAGACAGAGGAGAUGACAUUCAAACUGGGGGAGGAGUUUGAACACACUGCCUUUGACGGGAGAACUGGCAAGGUCUUGUUAACAAUGGACGGUGAUGUGUUAGUUGAGAAGUGGACGAUGAACGACCUUAGUUCCCUCAACAAACGUGUCGUCAGCGGGGAUGAAUUGACUUAUACUUUGACAGCCAAAGACGUCGUCUGCACAAGAAAAUACAACCGUGUGUAGGGACCAUCAACGCCACGGCUUCCUUCAAAAAUAAAGACUUAUUCCUGGGCACAGAUCAGACGCUGAGACCCAGUAACAAACUGCAGAAACUGCUUUUUUUCUUUUCAUUUUUGCAAUCAGCAUCAUCGCCGAAUAAACACACUCACCUAUUACAAACAGCAAAGUGUAUAAUUCCUGGUCGGCCAGUAAUCCAUAGCUUUCCCUGGCUUUCCUUGGGUGAUCAGCUCUGUGGCGUACGUGCAGGACGGGAUCACACGGGCUCAUGGCAGUGACUGUGAUAGUUUGCUUCUCUACUUGACAGAAACGGCUUUUUACAGCGCAUUUCAGAAUAAUUUUACACGCGUAAAAAGUCGGUAAGGCACUGGCGGGCAACGUUCAGUGAUAACACCCCGGCUGCAACUUAAGCAAAAGAAGGUCGUUUUGAUACAUGCUUCGACACAAAACACGUUAGUAUUGGUGAUAAUGCCGCAUUCGGCGUUAUUUCAGUGAAAAUAUGCGUAACGAAUACAAUAAAAUCUUGGGGUUAUCAUCAACACGUG